AUGGAAAGUUUUAAUUUUUCGUUUCAGGAGAUCGCAGAGAGAGCGCCGUUUUUGGCUACACUGACGACGAUAUUAAAAGUCGUUUGCUAUAGAGGAGACGCGGGAGAAUACCUAAUUGAAGCGCAAGCGUCUGUCACCAAGGAUUACCGCGGAAGAUAUUCCGGACACCUCUGCCGCAAUCCAGGGGCGGAAUUUCGGGUUGAUCAGGACAUAAAAAACUGGUGCACCGAGGGGCUCGCUGUAAAGUAUGAGCUGGAGGACGUUCGCCUACCAGUUGCAAAGAUCAUGCCGGGUGUUGUGGGUGAUGAGAUAGAGAAAGAUAGCCUCCAUGUUUUCGUUUGGGUUUCGCGGAGUCAACUUUGUCAGAUUUCUCCUGGGGCUGAUACCACCAAGGUCCCCGACUUUUCCACCCUUCCAAAGGCCAAAAGACCAGGCUUUCUGGCUCUCAAACAGCCGCCUCGCAUUCAACAAUCUCGUAACAAGAUUAAGAAGGCUUCUCCGAGAACUAAACGCUCAGAUGUCCAAAAACUGCCACGACGCUCGGCAAGACUCAAAACACGGAACGGAAAUUCGCACUAA